GAGAGGUGGGACCAGGUACAAGUCUAUGUAUGGUCACGUAUUCUGGAAGCAAAAUAUUACUUACUCAAAAAAUUACUUACUCACCACAUACAACUUAAAUAGAUAUGUAUGCAAAACAGGACAAGCGAAAGACUGAAUCUGCACACGAAAUAUCGGGCAAAUUAGAUACAUCUGUGUGGGUGAGGGCGUUUUCGUCCAACUCUGAAUGGUCUAACAAGGAUGAGUUUCUCGACGUUAUAUACUGGAUUCGACAAGUGCUUGGCCUUAUUAUUGGAAUUACUUGGGGAGUCGUCGCAAUGAAAGGAUUCGCUGGAAUCAUAUCGUUUUCUCUACUAAAUGCUGGCCUUGUCUAUAUAUAUUUUAACAACUUUCAAAAGGUAGAGGAGGAGGAAUAUGGUGGUGCUUGGGAAAUUACGAAAGAAGGGUUCAUGACCUCGUUUGCAUCUUUUAUGGUGUCAUGGAUUAUUGUGUAUUCUGCAAUACAGUACGGCUGAAGGUGGUUCCAAUGUGUAGAUCAGCUGUAGAUUGGAUAAUAAAGAAUUGAUG